CUUGUUUCUCGCAGUGGCUGCUCGUGUGUGCAAUCGGAAAUUCAUAGUGAAUAGUGAUUUUCUUUCAAUCAGAUUGAACCGUUCCGCAUCCGUGUGGGAACGCAUUUGCAGAAUAAGGUGAAAGUUGAUCCGGAGAACGGUCGGAAGGUCAAUUUGAAGCCCACAGUGUAAUCCGAGCGCAAUGCUAGAAUUUUCCAAUUUUCCUACACGCGCCAGCUCAGGAGAGGGAGACGAAAUCUAGAGAGAUACAAUAACACACCACCGCCGAGAAGACACAAAAAAUAACAAAUCUAACGAUUACACCGCAGCGCAGAACAGAGAGAAAGAGAGAGCAGUGAAGAAAGAGAGCACGAGAGAGAGAGAAAAGAAUGAAACAGUGUAUAGCGUGUUAACCAACCCAGUCAGCCAGCCUUGCUUGCACAUAGCGGCGUGAGUGAGUGAAAAUUUGUUGUGUAAGUCCUGAGGUGAAAAGCGGAAGGAAAAUCUUGCUCCCAGACACGGCUGUGCGACUUUGGAAAAGUACCGUAAUAUCCUCGUCUGGGGUGCAGCAUCCAAUCCACACGACAAACGGGGUUUGCUUUUCAUCCGAUAAUAGAGCGUUCGGUGUAGUGAUUUUGGGAGCGCUGAAACCAAAUUUCUUUCGGUUGGGUACGGGAUAGAGUGGUACCUAUUUAUAAACAAAAUAACAAAAACUAGACGUCAGACGCGUCGUCGUUGUCGCAUUCGGAAAAGAAAAGUCAUCCACCAAAAUUUAUAGUUUGUGUGUGGUCCGCUGGGGAGCAAAAAAAAAACAGAAAACUCAACUUGGUGGGUGUUUGUGUGCACACGAUAGCCUUAUUUGCUCGGUCGAGGUAUCCUUGCUCCCAUGUGGAGGAGCACUUUAGUAAUAUUUUGCUUCCCCCUGCUACAGUUGAAGGAAUCGAAACUAGGUUAUCUGCCAGGGAAGGAUACUUAUCUUCGUUCCCCUUUGCUGUAGUCGUGUGUCAUCACUCUCGGCGACCGACCGCAUAAAGUAAAAACGAACUUCAAAGAAAAAUAAUCAAUGGUUUAGAACAAGUUUGGAAGCGCCCAGCGCUGGAACGAAUACGGCUCGGUUCUCUCCGAAGAAAACGUCUCCAGAAGAUUGACAGUCUGGGAAAGUGAAAAAGUUGCUAUACUCUACUAGAAAAAAAGGAAAUGUGCCCGAUUUGAUAACGAACGUUUUUAUUCUCUUCCCAAGGGUGGUGUUAAAGUUUGCUCGCCGUUUAAUCAAAGUGCAGAUUGGUGAAAUCGAAAAAAAAAACAACAGCAAGAACAUCCCGUUUUCCCGAGUAAGAAGGAAAAGUGUGUUGUUAUAUAAGAGUGUGUUUCCUCGCGUGCUUGUUUAGUGAAUAUAGCGGCAAACAGGCCACCGAAAAAAAAGUGUGCUGUCCGACGAAGCUGCAAAGUCAGCAAUCAGGGGAAUCGAGCGAACGAAUAACGCAAUCUUUUUUGUGUUAUUUUUUCCUUUCUCGUCUACCUUUAUUGCUGAGUGACCCGGAGAACUAAAAAAGGCCGUCAAACUGGAGCGACUUCCAGAAUAUCUGCGCGAUACCGUGGACUGGUUUAUGGGCUAUGUGUGUUAGUAUUUGAUUGAAGUUGGCUGAAAAGUGGUACUACUAUACGGAAUCUUCGCGCGCACCAGUGCUAUUGCUGGGCCCAUUUUCCCCUGCUGUUCAAGUGGAUUAUGAACAGUGUGUCCGGCGCUCGGUUCUUCAGAAUGUGGACCACGGCAGUGCUGAACGCGAUCACCAAUCGGGCCAAUUCGGCCUCCAAAAACCUUUCGGUGCGCUACUCCUCGAUCCCCAACAAUGACGGUGGUCCCUCGUCGGCUUCGGCAAGCAAUCUCAGCAAGAUUAUGGGAGGUUCCGGCAUUAUUCUACCGCUGGACGUCGAGGAAACGGUAACUUGUUUCUGCAGAAAGGCCCGACGUAAGGAGCGAGACGGCGAUUCCAAUCAGAGCGAUACAAAGCUAUAUCUGGAGGAGAGUGUACUGGAGCGCAAACUACCCGAUGCCGAUCUGAGGUUACUGGUAGAUCUUCCGGCCGGGCUAGACUAUAACGAGUGGCUUGCCUCGCACACACUGGCGCUUUUCGAACACGUGAAUCUAGUAUAUGGUACAAUCAGCGAAUUCUGCACCACAUCCGGCUGCCCAGACAUGACCGGGCCAGGAACUAGAAUGUAUCUGUGGUUCGACGAGAAGGGCAAGAAGACGCGCGUCGCGGCGCCCCAGUACAUCGACUACGUGAUGACGUUCACGCAGAAAACCGUCAGCGACGAGUCGAUUUUCCCCACCAAAUAUGCCAAUGAGUUUCCUAGUUCGUUCGAGAGUAUUGCUAGAAAAAUUUUACGUUUACUGUUCCAUGUGAUCGCGCAUCUUUACGCUGCGCACUUCCGCGAGGUGGCACUGCUCGGGCUGCACGCGCAUUUAAACCUCACCUUCGCCCAUCUGACCGCGUUGCAUAGGCGUUUCAAUCUAAUAGAACCCAAAGAAACCGAAGUUUUACGUGAUCUGGAAAUCGCGUUACGUUUAACUGAAGAUCCAGUACCUUCGACCGGCAGCAACCAGCAGCAGCAGCAGCAGUCCAGUUCGGGUUCGGAUAGCGCCUCGAUGUCGGCGACGUCCGCUUCGACGGGUUCGACAGGAAGCACGGCGGGGACGAUGGUGGCAGGAGGAUCCUGUGUGGAGAACAAUAAUAGCAGCAGUAGUGAUAGUGGCGUCGCGAUGAUGAUGCACUCGCUGAUAGAUGGCGAUGCGACGGCGCAGCCAAUCUGUAAACAACCGUUAGAGUCGGGCAAUGUAAAUAAUAGUCAUAAUGCUACUAGUAGUAAAGAACAAAUGAUGCAAACGUGUGGUCCCGGCGGGCUGGGUGGGGGCGCGGGUGGUAGUGGCAGCAGUACCGGAAGUGUCGGCGUGAUCGGUUGCGGUGUGGGCUACAGCACCAGCAGCAGCAACAGCACACAGCAAACCUCCAACACCCAGACAACGGCAUAGUGGAUACGUUGGACGGCUAGUGUUGGCGCCGGGGCCGGUACCAUAUUCCUGCUGGGCGGGGCUGCGUGUUGUGGAGCCUUGCAGCUUCAAACCAAUCUCUGACCAAAAUGUGAUUUAUCCCCUAACAAAGCAAAAGUAAGAAGAAAAACAAAACAAAAAAAAUGUAAUGUGCAAACCAGCAGAAUUCUGUUAAAUCUUAAAGUUAAAUCUAAAGAGCAACAACGGCUAAACAAAAUGGAAGAACAAAGUUGUAAGAAAUACAAAGAAAUCCCAUUUUUAUUUCAAAAAAAAAAAACAAACAAAUAAUAAGGAGAAACAACUUUCUAAACCCAUAGUAAAAUAAACCAACACACAACAAAACCCACACACACACACACCUCCACACACAGAGUCACCCAACAAAAGCUGUUGGCUGGAAAAAGAAAUGCUAGAAACCAAUUAAGAAUUAAACAAAGCAAACAAAACAAAACUAGUUAAUGUAAAAGCACUGCAAAACAAACGAACACAAAGAGAGCAAGUAUAAAACAAACCGAGAAAGAAGAUGUCGUAGCAAAAGCAAACAGAAAAACUCCUCUAAUAACUCUUCUAGUAAGUUGAUAUAAUUUAUGUUGUGUUUAUGUUAGGGAAAGUUCGAAGGCGAAAGCGCGCACGCAAUGUGAGAAAGAUAAGAGUCCUCUCUUCAAGCUUGAAAAAGUGGCAGAAUUUCUAAACAGCAACAGUUUCAGUCGCGAAGUGUGGUAAAUGAGCGCUGGAAGGAUGAACCGAGCGAGCACACAACAGCAUAUUGUGUUGGUAGAAUCAAAUUCAGCCUCGCAGCUAGGAUGUGGGUCGCUCCGGGUCCGCUUCCUGCGCCUCGUUCGAAACGUGAUGCAUAAAAUUGAGAGCGCUGAAUCGUGAUGUAGUUGAAAUUUGGCAAUUUAGAAAAGGUACAGCGCGAACAUCGUCGGGGCAGUGGCCCCCCGAGAGGAGGGAGGGCUGCUCCCGUUUGUGUGUAUAAUGUAGUAAUAAUAGGCGCACGUCUCCAAGAAACGUGAGUGAAAUACAGCAGAUAAAAACACAAAAAACUAUGAUUUUGUUAUUAUUUCUAUGUUUUUUUUUUCUCAACUGUGAUUUGGUGGUUAUGUUAUGUUUCACUAAAAUUCUAAACACCUGUGUUGAUUUGAGUUUGGGAACUGUUAAUAGAAACAUGCUAGGGCGGAUCUCCUUUUUCAUUAGUGGAUUAGUUUUGCAAUAACAAGUGUCUUCGCAUCUUCGGAUAGUUUAAAGUAAUUAUAUUACUAAUUCGCUUUGAUUUGAUAUUUCGAUCAUCUAAAUCGGUCUAGUAGCUCAAAAGUUAUGAUUUUUUUUUAAAUUGCAUUUUGGGUGUUCGGAAUUUGAGACAAAUGUAAUCAAACAUAUUUUGAGUUUUUCACCAUGAAUAUGGAUUUUUAAAUUAAUUUUAUAGUAGCCAAAUGAAAGAAGAGGCUCUAUUGUAUCCAAAAACCACAUUAAUUUCGCGAAAAAGUACCAUUUUGAGUAAUAAGACACUGUUUAAUGGCCAAACAAGCUUAAGUGUUCGGAAUUUGAGACAAAACGGUAGACACCGUUCAACGAAUGCAAAAAGAAAUUGGGAACAAUGAUUUGCUAGCUACAGUGUUCAAAAUUCAUACUUCAAUAUCGCGACCGUAUUCAGCAAAACCUGUAAUGAUUGAUUCUUUAUUUUUAAGAGGCUUUAAACUUUUCAGUUCAUUCUCCUCUAAUUCAAAACCUGUAAUGUAUUGGUUUUCCCGGAAAUACUUCAUUUGUGGCUAACGAUUCGAAAUGCUUAGCGGUUAAAAAGAUUUGAAAAGUAUUCAUAUUCUAUAAAGAGUAUACAGUCAGUCGCUAAAUUGAGCUACUUGACAAUACUAUAUUUAUUGCAAAAUAUUUUUAAUACAUUCUAUUCAUGCAUAUUAAUUACUCACACACUUGACUAGCUAUGCGCGCAAAAAAAUUCCGCGAAAAAAAUCUCAAUUGUUGGUAUUGCGAAAUUGAGCGUAUAAUUUAAAUGUCUCCAAACCACAACUUUGUAGGUAAGAUCAUUGCAAUUUAGCAUACCUUUUUUCUUCGAUGUAUAAUGUCAACAGUCAACCACUGCUUGGGCUAAGUGGUGCGGACUCAAUCCACUUCAUUCUCAAGCAAAUUCAUGCAUGUUUUCAAGCGAUUUCUUGCAAUAAAUUCUCAGACCACCAGAGAUGCCAGAUUUACAAAUAUGUUUGUAAAUUUACAGACAUAUCUGUAAAACAUUCAUCACAUCUAUUCAUCACAUCAAAAAUAUUUGACUCACCAUAUGACAUUUUUCCAUAGUUUUAAUACAGAAAAGUUAUUAUAUUUAGUAUACAUCAAUACACAUGACGAUAGACCAGCGAUACUCAACCUGCCAUUCUUUGUGUGGACACCGACUGGACAACAUCGUUGCUGGACGGGCUGGACGGCGAGGGAUCGAGUGCCUUUCUCAAGGCAAGAGGGCGGAGGUGGUAGCGCUGGAGUAGAAUAGAGUAGAGUUUUCAAAGGGCCUUUCUCAAGGCUAGAGACGAAUGAACUGCAAAAGUUUAAAGUCUCUAUAAUUCAAGACCUUCCUUCCUUCAACCUGCGGCCCGGCAGUCCUUCUUGUUGGCCCAUCUGGUGUGUGUGAUGUUUGGAACUCAUACACAUAAGUACUUUUGUCUUGACAUCAUUGCAGACGAAAAAGAGGAUACGGUUAUUCACAAUUAAUGAACAAUUGCAUUCUCUGCAGGUAAGGAAAAAUCUUGAACGAAAAUUGUCUCUGAUAAUUAUUUUCUGUUCUGGAUAAGAUUGUUUUGCUGAAAUGCAAGGAGAUUUAUUGAAAAAUAGUUAAGUUAGGGUCAGGACUAUGUCUUCUAAGUAUUUAAACAACAUCGAAUAAAAAUUUUCAUUCUAUUUUCAACAACUUACAUUUGCUUUCGGGUCUGCUUAUGACGAAAUAUGGGUUACUGUUCGAUAUUGUUACGACAGACAUGGUCGUGUGGUGGUCUAAAACUUGUAUAGCCUUGCAUGGCGGAUGGAAAAUAUACACUGCAUUUUUUUAAAAAUAAAAACGACAAAACCGCAAGCCUUGGUGGAUGUCCAAUAUAUCAACGGAGAAAUACUGUGUUUUAUAAAAAUUAACAACGCGUAUGUUUGUGUAUGUAUGUGUAUGUAUGUAUGUGUAGAUCGUUGAAACAUUUAAACACACUUACAGCACAUAAGUUAUUAAGUGGUCCGAAAAAUCAUUUUUUUCCACAUUUUCCAAAAAAUGACAAAUGAAAAUUAAUAACUUUUGAAUCACUGAAUCGAUUUAGAUGAUCGACAUAUAAAAUUGACCUAGCCUUUUAUAAAAAAAUAUUUAACUUGCGAAAAACAUAAUUAUAUUUUAGGAGUUAUUGAAUGUAGUCGUUUUUUAUUUUUUUAUGACUUUGGACUAGAGGGCGCUAUAUAUUUUUAUAUUUUUUCUUGAAAGCUGAGGAUUUUUUACACAACAUAUCUCGAUAUCAGGGUUGCUAUUUUUUCGUUUUUUAGAUAUGAUUUUUAAAAAAAAUCAUUUUUCCCCAUUUGUCCAAAAAUAACUUUCUGCGAAAAAUCAUAACAUUUGAACUACUGAACCGAUUUAGAUGAUCGAUAUAUUAAAUUGAAGCCAAUAAGCAAAAUUCACACUUGCGGGAAGAUUGGAUUCUAGUAGCAUAGGUCUAGUUUAGUCACAUAUGAAUAUUGAUCGAAGACUUAAAACAUGUUAAAUUUACAAAAUUCUAACUUAAAAACGAUAAUUAUAGCAUCUCUGAUAUCGAGAUAUGUUAAGUAAAUAAUCCUCAGCUUUCCAUAAAAAAUAUA